UUUGGAGCCGAGUUUCGUCGAUUUUCACUGGAAAGAUCAAAACCUGGAAAAUUUGAGGAGUUUUAUGGAUUACUGCAGCAUGUUCAUAAGAUACCCAAUGUUGACGUGCUGGUGGGCUAUGCAGACAUCCACGGAGACUUACUGCCUAUAAAUAACGACGAUAAUUACCACAAGGCGGUUUCAACAGCCAAUCCGCUGCUUAGGAUUUUUAUACAGAAGAAGGAAGAAGCAGACUACAGUGCCUUUGGUACAGAUACUCUAAUAAAGAAGAAGAAUGUUUUAACCAAUGUAUUACGUCCUGAUAACCAUAGAAAAAAGCCACACAUAGUCAUCAGUAUGCCACAAGACUUCAGACCUGUGUCUUCCAUCAUAGAUGUGGAUAUUCUCCCCGAAACACAUCGUAGAGUUCGUCUUUACAAAUACGGCACUGAGAAACCCCUAGGAUUCUACAUCCGGGAUGGCUCCAGUGUCAGGGUAACACCUCAUGGCUUAGAGAAGGUCCCGGGGAUUUUCAUAUCCAGGCUCGUCCCAGGAGGUCUGGCUCAAAGCACAGGACUAUUAGCUGUUAAUGAUGAAGUCUUAGAAGUUAAUGGCAUAGAAGUUUCAGGGAAGAGCCUUGACCAAGUAACAGACAUGAUGAUUGCAAACAGUCGUAACCUCAUCAUCACAGUGAGACCAGCAAAUCAGAGGAAUAACGUCGUCAGGAACAGUCGGACUUCUGGCAGCUCUGGCCAGUCCACUGAUAACAGCCUUCUUGGCUACUCACAGCAGAUCGAACCAAGCUUUGAGCCAGAAGAUGAGGACAGCGAAGAAGACGACAUUAUUAUUGAAGACAACGGAGUGCCGCAGCAGAUUCCGAAAGCUGUUCCUGACGCUGAGAGCCUGGAGUCCUUAACACAAAUAGAACUCAGUUUUGAGUCUGAACAGAAUGGUUUUAUCCCUUCUAAUGAAGGGAGCUUAGCGCCCAUAGCAAGUGGCACAAACACAGAAUUUGAAGCACGUGCUGCAGAUCGAAAACUCUUAGAAGAAGAUGGGACGAUCAUAACAUUAUGAAGCCAUUGUGUGAGUGUUUUCUGAAUCAUGAGGAUGUCGUGGGACAUGUAACUCUGGCUAGUAAAUUAAAGCAUAUAUACCUCUGAGCCAGUGAUGUGGAGUAGGCAUGAGAAAAAUAAUAUUGCAAGCUUAAAACUUUACUACAAUACUAGGUUGAUAAUUGUCACUGUAAACUUUGAAGACUCAGAGGUGAAUUUAUGUCUGAAACACAAGGGCCUUGCUAAUGAAACUAACGUGCUUUUGCUGUUUUCCCUGUGGAGAACUGGAUCAUGGAGCACGUUCCCUGAACUGUGUGAGAGGACUGGAUCAUUUCUGCUCGAAGUGGUUGCAUAUUUAACCUGCUAUGCAGAGCCUAGUUAAUUUUCCCUUUAGCUGUGUUUUUAAAAUUCUGAUGUGAGAAAGUCCAAUUCUCUCUUUCGGUACACUGAGGACUAAGGUCCUUACGUUCCCAGUACUGUGUGUGUGGUGUUUGUUUUUUUAAUGUUGUUCCUUUGUUGUUCAUUGUGACAAGUUAUCUUCACAAAUGCAGUUGUCCCCCGUUUCCCAAGAAAUCAAACCAGCUGGCCAGUGUUAGCGUUGCUUCCCGCGUUACUCAGCACUGAAGCCUGUCCUGAGUGUGAGGCCGUGACAGCCGCUCGCGUCGGCCUGUGUCAUCCGGUACCUUCCUCUUUAGGACCGCCCUGUGUGGGCACCGUUGAUGCUGGAGGGCAGUGCCCUUGGCUGGUAAUACAGGAGCCUCUCUCCCUUCACCUGUUCUUGUCUUUAUUCCAGGUCACGUUGGAAAUCAUUCCCUUUGUUUUUAGUGUCUGCUUCAUUGGUGUGCUUUUUCAAUACUCUUAAUGCCUUCGAGUGGUAUGAGGCAUUUUGGAUUAAAAAGGCACCCAAGUGAAGAGUUUUUUACACACAGGACAAACUUGUGCACUUUUUAUACAAAAAUUGGGUUUUCCUUCAUGGGCUGUCUAGGAACACUGCCUACACUUUAUGAAAACUACGUAGUGUUCAGCCAUGACAGGUAGAGUUUAUUAACUUUAUGAGGCUAUUUAUUACUUUCCACUGCAUCCACUUGGGACGAGUUAGGAGUAAGGCUGCUACGUUCAUCCUGUGCCUGAUCUCAUCGUAUCGCGUGCACAAGCACGGCGGUGUGCGUGUAUAUAGACAGAGUCGUGUGAAGACCGUAAGUUCCCUCUGGCUUAUGGAGAGUUAUUUAUUAAUUAAUUUUAUGGUAGGGCUAGUAUGGUACCUUUCUAACCAUUGUGUGCUAUUCAAAUGAUGAAGAUUUAAAUGACUCCGUCUUGAAGGACGUUUUCUCUAUACGGUAAGAUAUAUGAAGAAGCGAAGUCUUAAUUUAAUGAUGAUCACUGGACUCAGAGGACUUCACUAUUUUUUGUUCUUGUUACCACUAAGCAUAUUCUCUGUACACUAUGAACUGACUACACAACAUUAUGUGGCACAAUGUACUUCCUGUUGAAUUCACUGAAGUUCUUCCUUUAUGUAUGAUGGCAUUCCAGCUUUAACAUUCUUUGAGUCUUAGAAAUUUGACUCUUGAAUGGCAGGAUAAUGUGUGUUGUAGCAAGUUAAAUUUCAUUUAUGAUAUAAAUGGUGCAGGGGCUCAACAUUUUAAGUAAAAAUACUUUUACACACUACCUCUCUCUCUUUUUUUUUAACAAAGUUUUAACAUUAGAACUUUUCUCUUGGGGAAAAAUACUUCAGGGCUUGACUUUUGUACAAAUUUUAACUGUAAAGUACACAUUUAUCUUGUAUCUGUUCGUGAACAUGGAAAUCAAAGCUGCUACUGCUUUUUAUUUAAUUAUCCUACUAAGGAUAUAUACCAGUGGUGUUUCCAACUAGAUCUCAGUAAAUUAUUGGUGAAAUAAUUGAUUAAUGGGCAUAGUGUAAAACGAUUAGAUCUUGGUUACUGGCAAGUCUUACGCAGUUACUGCAUUUUAUCGGCAGUCUGAAUCAAUUAUUUCAAGUUACCCCUUAAUAAAAAUAUCAGUGAAUCCAGUGUAAAAUUUUAUAGUACUAAAUGUCAAGCCUAACUGUGAAUUUUGUUCUGUACCUUAAGUAAAUUUAUGAUAAUGUUCUCAAGCUGUCAACAGAAUAUAUGUACUUUUGUGAACUAUGAAUUUUCUAAUUAAAUUUUACAUGUUAUAACAUGA